AUGACAAACAGUGUUCUUGAACAGUCGCCAGUUGCGCGUAAAGAUGUAUUUGAAUGUUAUUUAAUGUAUUAUGAUAGAGUUUGGCAACACGGUAACAUCGAAAUUUGCAAGGAGACACAAGUGAUAGAGCAAGCAAGACAUGUGCUAUUAUCGCAGGACCAACCCGGGGGGAGAUGCACGCUAUUCGACUUGUACGAGACAGUGAUCGAAGGCGUAAAGCAUGGCUCAAGAGACUGUAGAAGAUUCAUCGGUUUGCUUAUUAAAGCUUCCGAGAUGUUGGAGAUGCUGUGCGUCAACCUUUUCUUAUUUCCAUGGAAGAAAGAAAUCAAAACGCUGAAGACAUUUACCGGUCCUUUCGUCUACUUCAUUGAACCAGUGCUGCCAAGCUCAGUUGUAAAGAGUAUUCUUCAAAGUAUCGGGUACAAUCCUUCGACAGACACAGAGUAUCGACUGGCUGAAAAAGUGAACCCUGACAGUGCCAAGAAGGUGGGCUUUGAACUUUUCCUGACUAGGCUGGAAUGUGAGCAUCUGCUUGAGCUCAUGGGACAAAGGUCACAUGCUGAUUGCUUGGAGAUUCUCCACACGAAAACUGCUCCUAUCACCACCACAACCUGUGCUGGGGAAAAUGCCGUAGAACCAAACCAGAAUGAGACGACUACAGAUGAGUCUGUGGAUGAGGACAGGAUGGUGAAUGGACGUUCGUUGGUCAACCCAAAUGCAGUACAGGCACAGAAUUCCGAGAAGAAUUCCCUCAGUCUGGAGGUUCAGCAAACCAUGCAGGACACUGCCUCAGGAGUAAGACAGGCCACCUCCUUUAUAACUGAAGACAAGUCCAUACUGGAGAUGCAACAGAACUACCCUGACCUUGCCAUUCGACAGAAGCCCAUUUUCAGAAAACCCCAAGGGUCUGUUCAUGGGCUAAAGGCUAAAGAGAAGUCGAUAAACAAAAAGAAAGGUGCGGCGCAUAUUCAUGAAAUUGCAAGUGACAUGAGUGGCCCCCAAUCAAUUGCCAUGCACACUUUACCUACCCUGACUUGUUCUGUCACAACAGCUCCCAACCAAAUACCAGAAGAGGUCACAGAGUCCCUGCCCGUAGACGACAAGGCUGGUCAAGCAUCUGAAUUUUCCAGUGAAGAAACCCCGCGACCAGAACAAGGAGCAGCCCCUGGCCCAGAUAGCUUAACCAAAGACAGUUCAGUAACAAAUCUAAUUGAAAGGAUGGGUCGAGUAAAUAUAAAGGAAUGCAGUGUGGAUGAGCCUCUCAAGUAUCCCAUUGAGGAAACUGCACAGGCACAACCAAGCAGGAGCAGUCAUAUCCGUAGCACAGCUUCACCACUGGGUUCUCCAAGGACAAAGAACCAACCCAUUAUGUGCAAUCCCUCCCAGCAACCUGUCUGCAAUAUAGCAGGUUGUGGAACCUGUGCUGGAUCAGAUGCUUUUCAAGGACAUGAGAAUACCAUCAAAGAACCACCUAGAUCCUUGUACGUACUUCCUAACUCUUUGGGUGAAUGUGCACCAGCGCUGGACCAUAGGGCUGACUGUCAGACGGCCUGCAGCCAGAGUCAGAGUGGCAAAGAUGUGCCCAGCUCCCCGACCCACAGGAGCCCCACACAGCCACAGUCAGAGGACGAGCUGGACACUUUUGUCAUGCUGUAGAGUGAAACAGAGUGAC